AUGGACCGAGAUGCGCGAACCACGGAGGUCGUAACUUCAUCGACUUUCAACAGAGAGAAGACCGAGACCGAAAGGUGUACGCCAGUCAGCCAUCGGGCAGAUCAAAGUAAAGCGAGUUUCCUAGAUCUUCCCCCGGAGAUCCGAAAUCACAUCUACAGCCAACUCCUGAUAUCAGACGACUACAUUCGCCCUACGACCAGCGUCCCAUGCCUCCACCUUUUGAAAAUCUGCAAACAGUUACAUGAUGAAGCCGCUUCCGUUUUCUACGCCGCCAACUCUUUCUACUGCCACUGGGAGACCAAAACAAUCGCCUACGAGAAUGCCCCCUUCGACGCUGUCAACUUCCCAAAAAUAGCGGCACCUUGGCUAGAAGGUUUAAUCUGGCCAGCCCCAAGAUAUCACGUCUAUCUCACCAGAGUUGUUAUUGAUGCUCGUGUCGAGAUCGUUGCCGUUGAUUCUCUUGCAACUAUAUCUAAUUCCCCGGGACAGCGAGAACGCACAGUCAGAACACUCGAAGUAGAGCUCAGAAAGAGAUUUUCGAAGCUUCAUAUCGAACUAGCUGAGCUAUGGGCUGCCAAGGACAGGCCAUGGAGUGGAUCACUCAUUUGUGUUCGACCUCGGAAAGCUGCUUACAUCUCGUCCUCUACAUUUCUCAAUGCCGUACUAGCAUUCUCCGAAGCCGACGAGGAAGUUACCAAAGUCAUUGUUCGUGGAUAUCAACAGCUUGGGUAA